ACUACGGCAGAGCGCAGAGCCGCGUGUAAGGUACGGAGGCCGUGGGACAAGGGCUGGAAAGCGGCUGCCAGGUGGUCGGGAAGGCGCGCUCGGGGAAAGCCGGCUCAGCGAGACGGAGCCAGAGCGGUCGACAGAGCACUGAAAAGUGCGAAGGUCCAGAUGCUCUGACCUUUGACCCCUGCUGAGUCUUCCAGGGAGCCACAACAUGAACACGUCCCCAGGCACGGUGGGCAGUGACCCCGUCAUCUUGGCCACUGCGGGUUAUGAUCACACAGUGCGGUUCUGGCAGGCCCACAGUGGGAUCUGCACCCGUACAGUGCAACACCAAGACUCUCAGGUGAAUGCACUUGAGAUCACACCUGACCGCAGCAUGAUUGCUGCUGCAGGUUACCAGCACAUCCGCAUGUAUGAUCUCAACUCUAAUAACCCCAACCCCAUCAUCAGCUAUGACGGGGUCAAUAAGAACAUCGCGUCUGUGGGCUUCCAUGAGGAUGGCCGCUGGAUGUACACGGGUGGAGAGGACUGCACUGCCCGGAUAUGGGAUCUCAGGUCCCGGAACCUGCAGUGUCAGCGGAUCUUCCAGGUGAAUGCCCCCAUUAACUGUGUGUGCCUGCACCCCAACCAGGCGGAGCUCAUUGUGGGUGACCAGAGCGGCGCCAUCCACAUCUGGGACUUGAAAACUGACCACAAUGAGCAACUAAUCCCUGAGCCUGAGGUCUCCAUCACAUCUGCCCACAUAGACCCGGAUGCCAGCUACAUGGCAGCAGUUAAUAGCACUGGGAACUGCUAUGUCUGGAAUCUGACGGGGGGCAUUGGUGAUGAGGUGACACAGCUCAUCCCCAAGACCAAGAUCCCAGCACACACCCGCUAUGCUCUGCAGUGCCGCUUCAGCCCAGACUCCACCCUCCUCGCCACCUGCUCAGCCGACCAGACAUGCAAGAUUUGGAGAACAUCCAACUUCUCCCUGAUGACAGAGCUGAGCAUCAAGAGCAGCAACCCAGGAGAGUCAUCCCGAGGCUGGAUGUGGGGCUGCGCAUUCUCAGGGGACUCCCAGUACAUUGUCACUGCUUCUUCUGACAACCUGGCCCGGCUCUGGUGUGUGGAGACAGGAGAGAUCAAGAGAGAGUACGGUGGCCACCAAAAAGCUGUGGUGUGCUUGGCCUUCAAUGACAGUGUGCUGGGCUAGCCUGCACCCCCUUGGGAUUGCAGGCAGCUGUCAAGCAGCACCAGCCGGAUGUGACUAUUCAGCUACCCAGGUCAGAGUGAACUCCUGUGGGCUAGCUUCUACCAGCCUGGACCUGGCUGACCUACCCUGGCCCCCUUGGCCAGCUUAGAUUGGCUAAGCUGGUCUGCCUGGGAGCUCUUUUAGCCCCUAGUUGCUUAUCUGAAUGUGACAGGGCUCAGGAGACCAGCCUGAGCCAACCUGGCUAGUGCCCACCCAAAGCCAGUGCUUCCCCUGCUCCCCACCACUGUGUUGUGUCCCGAGGCCACAGAGAACACCAUCACAGCCAAGUGGAGGGGUUUAUUAGCCCCUGCCGGCAGCUGCCCUCCAUGGUACCGGUGAUGGGGCUGGCUGGCUGGCUGGCCUGUGGGGCUGGGAGUGCUGGGGGUUCAGUCUGGGAGGUAAUAAAAGCAAACUGACACGCA